GCUGUAACGGUGGCCGCGUCCUCUUUCGCUCGGCUCCGGCCCACGCUCUCCGCUCCGCUGUGGUCUGUCCCGCGACUAGUUUUGUGGCGGCGGAUGAGCCUCCCGAAAAGCUGCGGAACUUGGGGUACUUGGGUGACUGACUUCACAGACUGUUCCUAAAGAUGUUUGGCUCUUCACGUGGGGGUGUUCGAGGUGGACAAGACCAGUUCAACUGGGAAGAUGUGAAGACAGAUAAACAAAGGGAGAACUACCUGGGGAACUCCCUGAUGGCUCCUGUGGGCAGGUGGCAGAAGGGCCGUGACCUCACCUGGUAUGCCAAAGGCAAGAAAGGCGACGUGACCCUGAGCCGAGAAGAGGAGCUAGCCGCUGUGCGCCAGGCUGAGCAAGAGGCCCUCCUGGCUGCUUUAGGCUAUAAGAGUGUGAGGAAGCAGCCCACAGGACUGAGCAAAGAGGACUUUGUGGAAAUCUGCAAGCGGGAAGGGACUGAUCGUGAGGAGAAGGAUGUAGACCAGCUGUCAGGCCUGGGGAGCUCCAGUGGUUCUGCUGGACGGGUGAUGCUCUCCAAAGAAGACAGAGAAGCUGCCAAGCUGGGGCUGUCUGUGUUUACGCAUCACAAGGUGGAGAGCAGUGCCACAGCGAUGCCAGCAUCCCCACCCGUGGCCAAGCGGAAAACAGACACGAGGCCUGAGAGCCACAAGAAAGUCAAGAAAGAGAAGAAGAAGAAGAAAAAGAAGAAACACAAGAAAGAGAAGAAGAAAGAGAAACAUUCUAAGAGGCAUCCCACGUCAUUGUCCCCCUCCCCCUCCCCAGACAGGCACAGAACCACCCAAUACCCUGCCUCACCUUCCCCUUCAUCCCGGUCCCACGCACCCAGGAGCAGGCACAAUACGGACUCUUUGGACGGUGGUCGCUCCUCCCCCAGCCACAAGAGAAGGAACCGGAGCCCUGAGGCUCAGCUCCGGCACAAGAGGCAGCGGCACGACUCGGAUGACUGAGCGAACCUUGACCCUGGAAAGCAGAUGGUACACACAGGGACCCCUCCCUCCCCCAGUCCUAGAGUCCUGUGAGCUUGUUCCCCUGGGCUGAAAGGCCACAGCCCUCACACCUGCCUUUGGAGGAGCCUGAGCUCUCCGAUGCCUCUGCAGUGACGGGCUUCCUUGUCCAUUGAAGGGCAGGUGUGUCUUUCUCUGUUUGAAGGGAUGCUACCUCCUAUCCUGCCCCGCCCCCCAACUCUGUUCCCAGUAAAGUUUUUUCUGUCUAGGUGCUUGCUUCUCAGGGAGUUUUACGCCCAGCUGGGGUGAAGGGCAGAUGUCUGGGUCUUGGCUCCUUUGUCCCAGAUCUGUUCCCCUCAGAUGACUUCAGCUUUGUUCAUAGGAAGGAAAGAAGCACAUUCCUUGCUUAGCAAAAAAGACUUGGGGGCAGGAAAGCUGCAUUCUGAUCCUGACUUUGCCUCCACAAGUCAUUUGAGCAUAUAUGUGUCACCUGGCUUCCUAAGAUUUCACUUCUCCUUCUAUAAUGAUUCUUUUUACUCCCUAUCUUACAGGGUUGUGGGAGUGAAGAAAGUGCCUUAUUAAUCUUUAAGGGCUGUAGAAAGGUAAAUUAAGAAGUAGCUUUCUGACCUGGGACAAGGCAGGUCCCUUCUGUGGCCUCUCUUUUCUUACUUAUGCAGAUGAUGACGUCCUGGGAUUCGAUAUUACACAGUGACCUUGGGCUGUGAUUUUACAAACAUUUCCUGUUUUAAGGUCUUACAGCUUGUACAUCUGUGAUUCCUGAUUUCCACUGAAAUACUGAAGAGGGGGGACUGUUUUAACCAUCACUAGACCUGAUAAAUCCAAGUGAACAUUGUGCCUCUUUCAAGAAGGCAGUCAUUGCCCAGGCCUCAUUUAGGAUGCCAUGGAGCCUGGCCUUCAGCACUUGCUUAUACCAUGUUAAUAAUGGCUUCCAUUGCUACUACACUUUCCACACAGCAGCUCUGGGAUAUUAUUAUCCCCAUUUAUCUUUUUUAUCCCCGUUUUACAGAUGAGGAAACAUUCAGAGGAGUAACUUGCCCAGGUCACACAGUACCUGCAGCAGCUCAGAUUCAAAUACAAGCCUCAAGACUUAAGACACGGCCUCUUCUCAGUGACCUCAGUCUAUAUUUGGUUCUAGUUCCUCACUGGCCGCAGACCUUCAUCCUUCAAGGGUGGAUUUGAGCUUUUAUAGAGAACAAAACACCAGUGAGUCUGGAAGAUUUGGAUACCAAAUGCAGGGGAGAGGGGGUGCUGCCUGUGCUCACCAACUCUGGUGUGUGAGGAGGAGCCUGUCUUGCCUAGGAUUGUUCCUCAGCUUCUGGAAGAUCAAGCCAGGUUAGGAGCAGCAGCAUUACUGGGGCAGCUUGACAUAGGAACAGGGUCAUGAGUGGGUGACACUUGAGAUUGGGGUGGGUUCUAGAGCACUGCAAGACUCUAGAACCCACAGACUCCCAGGUUGAGGUGGGUCUUUUGUUGGAUUUCAAAGGACCUUUGGCAUCAGGAACAGUGGUAUAAAAGUAGCCUCUGGGAGGCUCUUGUGUCCCUGGGCUGAAAGGCCAAAGCCCUCACACCUGCCUUUGGAGGAGCCUGAGCUCUCCGAUGCCUCUGCAGUGACAGGGCUUCCUUGUCCAUUGAGGGGCAGAUGUGUCUUUCUCUGUUUGAAAGGAUGCUACCUCCUACCCUGCCCCGCCCCCCCACUCAGUUCCCAGUAGAACUUUUCUUUGUCUGCGUCCUUGCUUCUCAGGGAGUUUUGUGCCCAGGUGGAGUGAAAAGUAGGCCAAGUGGUACGCCUCAGUAAGACUGUUGGAUUUCGAGCAGGAAAGGACCUUGAGAGAGCCUCUAGUCUGAGGUUCUUAACCUUUUUUGACUCAUAGACCCCUUUGGCAGUCUGGUGAAGAAUAAUGUUUAACUUCUAAUUAUAAUCACUAGUAGCUCCUCAGAAUAAUGGCUUUUUUAAAAAAAAAUUCAUCAUUGAAGGAAAUACUCAGUUUCAGGUAGAAGUUAAUAAAUGAAUUUUUUUCUCCCCCAAAUUCACAGACCCCCAGAAUCUCUGUAUGGGCUCCAGGUUAAGAAGUCUUGCUGUGGUCUAGUCCUGUCCUUUUAGAGAGGCCUGAACAGAGGAAGUAAUAGCCCACUGAGCCCUUGUGGCCCAUGCAGGCACUGAGACCUACGAGGAAGGGUGAGAGAAGAGGGGGAGGAGGAUUUGAGGUGUGGGGACCCCUAUGGAAGGAGUGGGAAGCACCUGAAUGAAGUCACUGGAGGGACACCAGCCAGGAUGAUCAUGGGAUGGAGGGUGGAAGGGUCCUGAGAAGGCUUCUGUUCCACCUCUUUAUUUUGCAGAGCAGGAAACUGAAGCCCAGAGAGGUUUCCUUAUUCAAGGUCACAGAGCCAGGGUUGGAAUCCAAAACUUGUGACUCCCAAAUCUUGCCUUGAUUCUGCUCUCCAUGAGUUGGCUCAUUAGCUCAGAGGAAAGGGGGGCCUUAGGUAUUACUGGUUAACAGUACUUCAUUUUGCAGAGAAGGAAACUGAGGCAGAGGGAAGAAGACUUGCUCAGGAUCACACAAGUAGUAAAUACAUCAUGGUGUUAGUAUCUGAAUCCAAACCCUGACUCAAAUCCAGUGUUCUUGCACAUGCUGAUUAAGAAGAAUUUGCAAAGUAAAUGAACCUCUUCAUUUUGUAGAUGAGAAAACUCCAAGAAGCCUUCCCUGAUUUCUCCCUGCCAGAAAUGGUUUCCCUUCUCUGACUCACCAGAGUAGUCUGUCCCUCUUAUGUGUGACCUGUGCAGUUAUCUGUCCUCUCCCCUACAGAUCCACUUUUGUAAACCUCGUCCUUCACACCACUGCCGGGAAGUAGGCAGGGCAAGGACCAUCUCCCCUGCUCUGUAGGGGAAGUGAGCUUGGAGACAAGGGAUGAGCACCUAGGUGCCUUGUGCACCUCCCCCAGGCUGAGAACCCAGGACCCUCCAUGUAGUAGGUGCCACCAGCUGGCUAGUGAAAGACUGUUAACACUGCCCUCCAUGAGGGAAGGGACUGUUCCACUGCAGUUUUUGUUAGCUAUGUUAUCAGUGACGAUCUGAUUGCUGGCACGUGACUUCCACAUCUCUGUAUCCACCUAGACUUGUCCUGAGUCAUCACCAGUUGUCUGCUAGAUGUUGCUGCCUUGUGACCCUGGCAAGGACCUUAGAGCCUUCAUCUGUAAAAUGAGGAAACCCACUAGGUGGCCCCUAAGGUCUCUUCCAGCUUUACAUGAUUGUGUCCAGAACAGUUCAUCACCCUUUAUCUUGCCCUUGCUCCAGACUUCUCUCGAGGACAGUGCCACCCUCCUAGUCACCCAGGGUGUACCUGGAAGAGUCCGUGACUCUUCAUGCCCUUGCUUUCAGCCAGUCUCUUGCCAGCUUGGGUUGAUUCUACCUCCACAAUCUUUCUGACUUCCCUUCACUCUCUUGGCCACUACCCUUGGUUCAAUCCCUUGUCACAUCUCAGUAACGUACUGAGUGGCCUCCAUGUUCCAUCUCUCCCCUCUCUGGUCUGUCUUCCACAUAGAGGCCUCCUUAGGACAGGUCUGUCUACAGUCUCUUUUGCUCAGAAACCUUCAGUGGCUCCCUCUUACCUGUAGGAUAAUAUCCAAAAUGAACUUCAUGGCCUGGCAUGUGAGGUCCUUCAUAACUGGCCUCCAACUUCCCUUUCAAGCAUUUCCUUUCUGUGUUCUAACCCAACUGGAUAAUUGGCCAUUUGUUUCCAGAACAUUAAUGGAGGCUUUCUCCCCGUGCCUUUGUUCUUUCUGCCUCUGUUGUCCACAUCUGUCAAGGCCUGGCUCAGCUGUCAUCUCAGUGAAGCUGUCAUGGGCCUCUUCUCUCUCGAUAUUGUCUCACUGGUAACAGUUAUUGUCUCUAUGCAGAUGAUUCCCACACCUACAGAUCCGGGCCUAGUCUCUCCUCAGCUCCCUUCUCAGGUACCAGCUGCCUUUUGGACGUCUCCAACUCAGCAUAUCUAAAACUACUCAUCUUUAUUCCAAAACCCACCUUCCAAACUUCCCUAUUAAUGUAGUGGGCAUGAUCCUCCAGUUACCUAGAUUUGCCCACGCCUCACUUGCUCUCACCCCACAGUCAGCCUUUUGCCAAAUCUAUCUUCACAACAUCUCUCCAAUAUGAUGCUGCCAUCACCCUGGUGCAGGCUCUUGUGUCUGAAGUCUUACAGUAGCUGCUGGUGGGUCUGCCCACCCUAUGUCUCUCUUCCCCUCUAUCCUCCACUUAGCUGUCAAAUUGUUUUUUU